AUGGGCGCCGGGACAGCCUCCCGAGGGGCGGCGGCCGCCUCUGUUUUCCUCGGUUUGGUAUCCAGGGACAAUCAGACUAGACAAAUACAAGAUGCUGUUUCAAAUGUGGAAAAACAUUUUGGUGAAUUGUGCCAAAUAUUUGCUGGAUAUGUACGUAAAACUGCCAGACUACGAGACAAAGCAGAUCUUCUAGUAAAUGAAAUAUAUGCAUAUGCAGCCACAGAGACACCAAACUUAAAAGCUGGACUGAAAAACUUUGCAGAUGAAUUUUCCAGACUUCAGGAUUAUCGCCAGGCAGAGGUUGACAGGCUUGAAGCCAAGGUUGUUGAACCUCUGAAAUGUUAUGGGACCAUAGUGAAACUUAAAAGGGAUGACCUUAAAGCAACUUUAACAGCAAAGAACCGAGAAGCCAAGCAACUAUCUCAACUGGAAAAGACACGUCAGCGCAAUCCAUCAGAUCGACACAUUAUUUCACAGGCUGAAAGUGAAUUGCAGAGAGCUUCGCUGGAUGCAACUCGAACAACUCAGCAAUUAGAGGAAACCAUUGAUAAUUUUGAGAAACAAAAAAUAAAGGACAUAAAAAACAUAUUUUCUGAAUUUAUAACUAUUGAAAUGUUAUUCCAUGGGAAAGCUUUAGAGAUCUAUACUGCUGCCUACCAAAAUAUCCAAAAUAUUGAUGGAGACGAAGAUUUACAGGUUUUUCGGAGCUCGCUUUAUCCACCAGACUAUCAAUCUCGCUUAGACAUAGUCCGUGCCAACUCAAAGUCCCCCCUGCAAAGAACUGGCUCCUUAAAAUCUUCGUUGAGGACAGUACAGAUUUCCAGCAGUAUGCUAAGAAAAGAUGAAGAGGAGGAGGAGGAGGAAGAUGAAGAUGAGGAAGAGGAGGAAGAAUCAGAUGCUACUAAGGAAGUGAGAUAA